AUGUGCUAUCCAACGCAAAAUACCAAUUCGUCGUUGCGAUCUCAUGAAAGAGCCAAGAACACAACAGGCUACAUUCCCACCUGGCGUCCAUCAAGGCUCGGAAAUCAAAGACACGACCUCGAGCGAGAGCGAGUCCUCCACGAAAUCGACCGACGCCACGGCAGAUGGAACAACAAACAUCCUCGCUGGAGUGUUCUCGAAGCACUUCAUGGCUAUGACAGAUAUCGAGACAUUGCGGGAGCGGAAAUCGAUCGCUUCGAGUCGUUGUACAAGCAUAUUCUCGAAUCAACGAUUUCCUACAACAGAAACUUCGACAUCGCCCGCUCCCUGCUAGACAAAAACACAGUGCUGACCAAGGCCAUCGUUGAGAAGGCGCUGGUAUACUACGACAUGUCGCGCUCUGAACUCGACGACUUCGUCAAAGACUUCGAAGCCCAGGAACCGAAACAAAAGGAAAAUAAACUCAAAAUGCUUCGCACGCAUACCUCCCACGCCUUGAAGCAUGUGGUGCGGGACUGGUCCAUCGAUGGACAUGCAGAGCGAGAAGCGACGUUUCCGUAUAUUCUUGAUGCAGUGGCGAGGCAUCUUGACGAAGAGCAGGACCAUCCUGGGGAUUAUAAUGUGCUCGUCCCAGGUGCAGGACUCGGUCGACUCGCGCAUGAGAUCGCGCUUCUAGAUUCGGAUCGCGUGUCGGUCACCACGAACGAAAAAGACGACUUUAUGAACCUCGCCUAUCGAUACAUCACAUCGACUUCUCGGCCACACAACCUCCAUCCCUUCCUCGAAUCCUGGUCCCACGCUCGCACCCGCCAGGACAUAACCCGCUCCGUCAACAUAACCACCCCCAUAACCCCCUCGCUCGACACCCUCCUCGUCCCGGGCGACUUCACCCUCCUCUUCCCGCACUCGGAAAACACCUACUCCGCCAUCGCCACCCUCUUCUUCAUCGACACCGCCCGGAACCUCCUCGCCUACCUCACGAAAAUCCACUCCUUACUCCGCCCGGGCGGAAUCUGGAUCAAUGCAGGCCCGCUCUUGUAUGGCAGCGCGCCGUUCGUGCAGUUGACUUUGGAGGAAGUUAUUGCCGUGGCGGAGGAGGUUGGGUUUGUGGUUGAGAGGAGGGAGGAGAGGGAGGUUGUGUAUAAUUUUAAUGGGACGGUGUUGUAUCGGAAUGGGUAUGUGGCGGAGUUUUGGGUGGGGAGGAAAAAGGGUGGCGACGGGGAGGAUGGGGCUUUGAAGAGGAGAGGGAAAAGGUGGUUGGGUUGGUGA